GAAACAACGGAGGAAAGAGUGAAGGAAACAAAGGAGGAAACGGUGGAGGUCAUCACCGAAGACGCCGAAGCCCCUUUGGGGGUAAGAGUAGCAAGGAGGCUGAUGGAGAUAUGACCCUUUACGGCCUCUUCCAGCUCUGCGGUGACCUGGUGUGCAACAGCACCGUGAACUCAACCAACUUGUGCAACAUUGAAUGCAAUAAUUUGAUUGAUGACAAUAUUGAUGAUGAUAUCAGUUGCGUGCUGAUGCUCCUCACAGAAAUUGUUGACAAGGGCUUCAAGGCACCAAACUUGAUGGAGCUCAGAAAAGUGAUCAGACUCAUCAUGCAAGACGACUGUAACCACGUUAAAGCUUCCACUUACUUUGCUGAGUGUCAAUAAAAUCACUUAUAUUAUGCAACAAAUGUAACUCCAUUGAUCGGUCUUAUGCACAAGACUGCCUAUAUAUUUAAAUAAAUAAACAUAUGAAGCAUGUCAAA